AUCGAUGCGAUGCAGUACCUAAAGGGGACAUCUCGUUAUCAUCCGUCAUGAGAUGUGACCCGCAUGGUCUUUCCUCUUGGUCUCAAUUGCACUCCGUCGCGUUUCCAGUGAUUGAUUGGUCUUGCAAGCGAUUAGCAUAUAUGUAUAACCAAGGCUGCGUUGUUUUUCACCAGUCGCCUGGCGCGUUUCUUCCCACAUUCCACAUACCAUCGUCUUUCAAAAUCGGAGUUGAGCUCCCAAAAAAUAACCUUUACACCUCUUAACUCUUGACACACUUCUACGCCAUCCCACCACCAUGAUCUUUCCUAACAAAUUCCCCUUCAUUCUGCUUGUUAUGACGACCAGCCUUUGUUGCAUGCGGCUGCUCUUAUCCGUUCAUGCUUCUCCUCUUGGCACUACCUUGAAAGAUCGAGCUCAGCUCAAUGGCGGUCGAAUCUUUUUGGGUUACUAUUAUGCAUGGAAGGAAACACUUGCCACGGAAAUCCGAAAACAUGAUGGAUUCAAUGUACUGGUCGAUCAUAGCCUUCCGAUAUCCAUACAACCCUCCUGCGUCUUCGAGGAUACUCAUCCCCGCCAAAUAAGAAACCAAUAUGCGCUGCUUCAGAUCACAGUGGAUCAAAUCAAAUUUUUAGAGCUGGAUCAGUUAUAUAGCUCAACGUAUCUUGUGACGGAACGAGAGAGGAAGUCGUUCAUUGGCUCAAGGGGAAAGAAUCCAGAAAAGACCAUCAUCGUAUCACCCAACCCGGUCAUUACAAAAGAUCCAAAGUUCCUGGACGACCUUGUUAUCGUUUUUCCGGCUAGUCUUCUCCUUCCCUAUGCCGAGAUUUAUCACAAGAAAUAUCUAAAUCCUCUCCAAAUCGAUGCUCAGUUGGUCAAUUCGGAGAAAUUCGUAGACUGGCGGGAUUGGCCCAAGAGAAUCAUUGAUCUCCCUCCCGAUCUUGAACCACGCCCUCGCCCAUAAACAUGAGCCCGGUGUUUUGCGAAACGGUGUACCCUCGAUUUGAUCUUCCCAUCGGGUGAUAUACUGGACCACAACAAAGAAGGGCAUUGUCAUUUCAUGUAUCGCUGUACGAGUAGUCAAUAGCGCCAAUUUGAACGACGAGCCAAGUAUUUGCGUGAGGGUCACAGGUACAGCCUGGUACAGCUAACAGGAUAUGCAGUGCAAGGUACCCUUUUAAUCAUUCAAGAUAUUGCAAUGAAUAUCAGGGAAAUAAAAUA